AUGCAAGAAAACAAAAAAUGGCGACCAACUUCAGGCGCGACCAUUUGUGUUUGCUCUGUUUGAUACCUCUGUUUUUACCUCUGUUUUUCGGACACUCAAUUGCAGUCGACAUCUUGAAAGCAGGACAGUCCAUUAACGACACCCAAGUAAUUGUCUCAGCCGGCAACAAGUUUGAAUUGGGGUUCUUCACUGACCCAAAGCCCUCCAAUUUCAAGUAUUUAGGAAUACGGUACAAGGAAAUUCCCGACGUUGUCGUUUGGGUGGCGAACAGAGAUAACCCAAUUGUAAACUCCUCUGCCACUCUAAAAUUGAAUGUCGAUGGAAACUUAAUUCUCGUCAAUCAAACAGGGUCAGCUUUUUGGACUUCGAAUAAUCCGAUUGUAUCAGUUCAAGAUCCUGUUGCGCAGCUGUUGGAUUCAGGUAAUUUGGUGCUGAGAGAUUCAAAUUCAGGGUCUCAAGAUUAUGCGUGGCAGAGUUUCGAUUAUCCGUUCGAUACUCUGUUAUCGGGCAUGAAGCUCGGGUGGGACUCCAAGUCGGGGUUGAACCGAAAGCUAAUAUCAAGGAAAAAUCCAAGCGAUUUGUCGUCUGGAGAACUCAGCUAUGGCGUUAACUUAGAUGGGCUUCCUGCACUUGUUGUUCGUAAAGGAAACAAGACGAUUUUCAGGGGGGGGCCAUGGUUUGGUGAUGGGUUUGCCAGAGCUCGCUCUGAGAGAGCGAAUUUCAUCUAUAAUGCUUCUUUUGAGAUAACAUAUUCAUAUGAUUCUCCGAAUAGUGAACCUUGGAGAGCUGUGUUGGAUCCAGGUGGGUUUGUAAUACACUCCGAGUGGAACGGCGUGGACAGAGCAUGGAAGAAAUUAUACACGUUUGAAGGAUCAGGCUGCAACGACUACGAAUUAUGUGGAAAUUUUGGUCUUUGUAAUUCUGUUUUAUUAGCAAAUUGCGAUUGUUUAGAUGGGUUCGAACAAAAAUCUGCCCAAAACAUUUCAGAUGGGUGCGUGAGAAAGGAUGAAAAAACCUGCAGAGCAGGGGAGGGGUUUAAGAAGAUAAGCGACGUAAAAUUGCCAGAAUCAACAGGGAACUUGGUGAAAAUCAAAAUGGGUAUUCAAAAUUGCGAGAAGGAAUGCUUGAAUGAUUGUUCUUGCUUGGCGUAUGGCACACUGGAAAUUCCUAAUGUUGGGCCAACCUGCGUCACAUGGUUUGACAGAUUACUUGAUGUUAGACGUGCUCGUGAUCCUGGAACUGGAGAUAGCCUCUUUGUGAGAGUGGCCGCUUCAGAAUUAGAAUCGAGUACUGGGAAGCGUACAGUUCUGGUGGUUGUGGGUACCAUAUCAGCAAUGAUCUUCUUCGCGUUAAUCAGCUGUUUUAUCAUUAGGAGUAUAAGAAGAAGAGGUAGAGAUAAUGGAGUUGCAAUCACUGAGGAUCUAGUUCAUGACAAUGAACUUGAGAUGCCAAUUGCGAUGAUUGAAGCAGCCACCAACAAUUUCUCCAUUUCCAAUAAGAUUGGAGAAGGAGGUUUCGGACCCGUUUAUAAGGGAACACUCCCAACCGGGCAAGAAAUUGCGGUGAAGAAGCUAGCAGAAAGCUCCCAUCAAGGGCAACAGGAGUUUAAAAAUGAGGUCCUCUUCGUUUCCCAGCUUCAACAUCGAAACCUUGUCAAGCUUCUUGGUUUCUGCAUCCACAGGGAAGAGACAUUACUUAUUUAUGAAUACAUGCCAAACAAAAGCUUGGACUACUUCCUUUUUGAUGAUCAAAGACGUUCAGUACUUAACUGGACAAUGAGAAAGGAUAUCAUAAUUGGCAUAGCUAGAGGACUUCUUUAUCUCCAUCGAGAUUCAAGACUCCGAAUAAUUCACCGAGAUCUUAAAGCCGCUAAUAUUUUAUUAGAUGGUGAAAUGAAGCCAAAAAUUUCAGACUUUGGCAUUGCGCGUAUGUUCGGUGAAGAUCAAAUGGAAACGAAAACACAAAGAGUUGUUGGGACAUAUGGCUACAUGUCUCCGGAAUAUGCAAUAGAUGGUUGUUUUUCAUUCAAAUCCGAUGUUUAUAGCUUUGGAGUUAUGGUUUUAGAAAUAGUUAGCGGCAAGAAGAACAAGGGAUUUUUUCACUCCGAGCAUCAACUGAAUCUUCUCGGACAUGCAUGGAAGCUUUGGAAUGAAGGAAAAGCCUUGAAGUUAAUAGAUGGAGAGAUGGGUGAUCAAAUGCAAGAACAUGAAGCACUGAAAUACAUAAAUAUUGGACUUUUAUGUGUUCAAGGACGUCCGAAAGAUAGACCCAUUAUGUCAUCUGUGCUUUCCAUGUUAGAAAGUGAUAUCAUGGAGUUGAUUCACCCAAAGCAACCUGGAUUCUAUGAGGAUAGAUUUGUGUUGUCUGAUAUUGAUCCAUUGUUAGAUCAUAAAUCGACUUCUACUUCGAAUAAUGUUACUAUUACAUUGUUAGACGAUGGUCGUUAAUCCAUUUAUUUUCGAGGA